CUGUUGGAGCCAUUGUAAUGCACUGUAUUCAAACAUAGCGCCUCGCAAUAAAAGGAGAUAAACAAGCAUUUGCUUUAGUUUUAGAUAUUUUUAAUCUCAGUUAUAUUCAACACAAUUUUACUUUACAGAACAAACAUACUGUGUGUUUUUUUGAAGUGUCAUUUUUAAUUACCGUGUAUGUAAAUAUAUUCAGGAUUGAGUCGACGCGCAACACGCCGCAUUCCCGGGCAUCGGAUUUACUGAAGACAUACACACAGCCGUUUGUUUCGCGUUUUUAUUUCACGAAGUCGUAGAUUUUAGAGACCCGCUUCGAUUUAGAUGGCCAGCUUCCCAUAUUUUGUCAACGAAAAUGAAAUAGGUAAAGCUAAGUUCAUCGGGGAACUCAUACCUCCUGUUGCUCCCUUUGACCAGAAGUCUGGACGGGAGACUUGGACUGUAGCUUUUGCACCUGAUGGUUCCUACUUCGCUUGGUCUCAAGGGCAUCGAAUUGUUAGACUUGUACCAUGGAAAAAAUGCUUAGCCAGCUUUUCUGUGAGCAAGGAAGACCGAACGAGCAGUGCAGGGCCUCGACGACUCUCUCGGCAGAACAUUGAGGGCAGUUUGGUGCCGGCCGAGCCCAGAGAGCACACCAUCGAUUGUGGUGACAUCGUGUGGGGCCUGGCUUUUGGCUCUUCUGUUCCUGAGAAGCAAAGUCGCUGUGUGAACAUUGAAUGGCACCGCUUCAAGUUCGGUCAGGACCAGCUACUGCUGGCCACUGGCCUCAACAAUGGCCGCAUCAAAAUCUGGGACGUCUAUACAGGAAAGCUUUUAUUGAACCUGAUGGACCACACAGACAUUGUGCGGGACUUGACAUUUGCCCCAGAUGGCAGUUUAGUGCUGGUUUCUGCCUCAAGAGACAAGACACUACGUGUGUGGGACCUUAAAGAUGACGGUAACAUGGUGAAAGUACUACGUGGCCAUCAAAACUGGGUCUACUGCAGUGCUUUCUCUCCUGAUUCAUCUGUCCUUUGUUCAGUUGGUGCAGGCAAAUCGAUCUUCCUGUGGGACAUGGAUAAGUACACUCUGAUCCGUAAGCUAGAGGGCCAUCAUAAUGAUGUGGUGUCCUGUGAGUUUUCUCCUGAUGGGGCCCUGCUGGCUACAGCUUCCUAUGACACCCGUGUCAUAGUAUGGGACCCUCAUUCAGCUACUAUUCUGCUUGAGCUGGGGCAUCUCUUCCCUCCUCCCUCUCCCAUUUUUGCUGGAGGAGCAAAUGAUCGAUGGGUUCGCUCCGUUGCCUUCUGUCACGAUGGUCGGCACAUUGCCAGCAUCACUGAUGACAGGUUGUUGCGAUUCUGGAGCAUUGACGAAAAGAGUCCUCAAGCCAUCGCUCCUCUAACUAAUGGACUUUGUAGUGCCUUUUCUACUGAUGGAAGUGUCUUAGCUGCCGGGUCUCGUGAUGGCAGCGUGCAUUUCUGGGCUUGUCCAUGCAGUAUUGCAAGCCUCCAGCAUCUGUGCCGCAUGGCCUUGCGGAGAGUCAUACCCACCCAGCAGGUUUACACGCUGCCCAUACCUUUCUCCAUGCAGGACUAUUUGGCCUACAAGAUGCUUUAGCUUAGAACACAUACAACAGCACUCUGUGAAACCAACAAACAUUUUUUUUUUCUGUAUAAAAAGGAAAAAGAGGGCUGGGGGAAGACAAAAUAUUAUAAAAGUUUUAUAUUGUAAAAUUUAAAAAAAAGCUUAAUUGUUAAUGCAGCUCUCAUGAAAUAUUCAAUGUGAGGUCUGCAUUUGUCCUUUAUUUAUUUUAACUUUUUCUAAGUUUACUUUUUUCAGCUGCGAAUCUCAUGACUUUUUAUUUGUUGAGCCUUUUGCUGUGUUUUUAGCCCAUAUCAGGUAGUGGCCUUCAGAUAGCCUUUUGCAUUUUUAUUAUUUUUUUUUUUCUUCUGACAACUUGUACAGCACCUUAGUGUGGGUAAAUGUUGGAUAACGCUGGGUUACAGUGGUGCUUUCUCUUGCUCAGUUUAGGGUAGUUCUCUUCCUCCACUGAGUUUAAGAGUCACAAUGGGGAUAGUUCUCAGUGUUUCCUAAAACCUUUUCAGUGUUUUCUUUUACUUUGCUGGCUGUGAGAGGGAUUGAAGGGAAGUGACGGGUGUGGGUGGGUGGUUCCUGUGAUGUGAGGGAGUUUGGUAGUUCAGGGACAAGGGCAGUGCCUCCCCUUUACGUGCCUCUUUAGAAAAUAAACUCCCAGCACAUCCUACAAACGCUAAUGCUGCCUCAGUAAUGGACUUCAUCUCCACAAACCUGAAAAUUACAGUAACUUGUCUUCUGCAAAAAAAUUGAUUUUUACUUCUACAGAGAUUUGUAAAUGCACAGUUUUUAUUCUGUGUAUAUAUCAUUGCAUAUUGCUUCAAUUGAAAGUCUGCUCUCUGUACAUAAUCUCUUGUGUGAUGAUGAUAAUCUGUAGGGGAAUAACACAAAGGUUUAGCUUUAAGGAGAGACUGGUGCGUCAGAGGGGGAAAAUAUGCCAGCCAGUUUUAGGACCAAUGAUGAGAUUGCCUACACUGCUUCCACAUCCCCCAUUUCCUGUUUAAAAACAGUUACCGCCUACUUCCAUUUGUUGUAUUUGCUUUCAAGUAUAUGGCACCAAGUAACUGUGGAGGGCAAGCCCCCACGCAUUGCCUUGUCCUGCCCAUUACCUCUUAACUCAAACUCAUGUUCAAACCACAGUCUGUUCUUGGCAUUCUACAAAAUAACCAAACCAUUUUAACAGUCAAUGUUUGGUUUUAUGGAGAUGGUUGAUGUCAUAUCUACCUCUUAUUUUGAGGCAAUUGGUAAUAUUGGGGCCAGAGAUCAUGGGAUGUCCUGUUUGUUUGAUUGUUUAUGCAUGUGGACCUGUCUGGCAAAACUCUGAUAGUGACAUGGGAAGUUCAGACUGUUUAAAAUUACUGGUUAUAUUUAGGAAUGUGGGAUUUAGAAUGUGGCAUAUUCAUCUGGUCAUGCAGUCAAAAAUAAUUUUGGCAAUAAAAUGCGUUUACCACAAAGCUUAUGCCAAAGAUCUCCUUGGGUUCUUAUCAAUGUGAGUGGCACUCUGUCAAUUCCUCCCCCUCCUUCAUUUAUGGCUAAAACUUGAAAGUCCUGUAUGUUUAUGUAUUUAUGUUGUUCUGCUUGGGUAUGAAGAAUGCUGAUGUAACAGAUUGGGUUUUGUUUCAAGGCCGCUAACUUUUUAGUAGAUGUAGAAGGGAUACUUAAAUGCACUUAAGCGUUGCAGGCAAAAUGUUACUAUUGCAGUUCUUUAGGGUAUGGUGGUAGUAGUUAUUAAUUAUUUUUUUAUAUUAUAGAGAAAGUGCUUGGAAAUUAAUUAAAUUGUCCAACUGAUUCAGAUAGAAUGUCUAAACUAUGCUGUGCUCAUCAAGAGCAACUGAACAGUUCACAAAACAAGUUGUUUCACAAGAAUGUGGUUUUUGCUUGUAUGUUUUAAGAUUGUGUUUGAAAUAAAGGAGUAUUUCU